AUGGCGGUCAGCGACCUCGCCCACGGGGCUGUCCACGCGCUUCAGCUCACUGCCCGAGACCCCCAAGGCCGCGGGGUCACACUUUGCCCUGAGCCCUGCCCUGGAGCCGCUGGCCCCAGCCUCCGCGCUGGGCUGGAGGGUCCCUGCUAGGUGGGCCCAGGGCCCAACGGGGGCCUCACCGAGUUUGGCAGUGCCCGCCAGCCCCUGGGCUCCCUGGGGUCGGACAGCGCCCGCUUUCGGCAGCCAGCCGGCACCUGCGCUAACGUGGACGGCAGCGUGGUUGUGGCACAUGGGCAACAGCGCCCCGUGACCCUGUUUCCUCGGGCCAGCGCGCCCGUCUGCCUGGUGUCGGAGGGGCUGAGGCGGCCCUUGGGCGCGGCCCGUGGCCUCAGGGCCGCUCGUGGUGGCAGAUGCGGGGGACAGCUACGCCAAGGUGUUCCAGCGCCGCUCGAAGCCGGCCUGACCCGUGGGCUCCGAUAGGAGCAGCCCCUCAGCGGGUGGGCGUGCAGCCUCCAGGGCCCCGGCCCCCACGGGAGGAAUGGGUGGGGCCUCCAGGACUGCUGGCCACGCCUCCCCGAGCUUGCAGGUUUGCCAAGCUCCUGCUGUGCCGGGCUGCCUCCUGCCUUCCUCUUGGAGAUGAUUCAACUUCCUUGGGAGCCAUAGACCCGUCUCCCCCCAGCCUCCCGUCCAAGGUUCACAGCCUCCAAAGUUGGGCCCUCUGCACACCCCGGUUUUCGGUGCCCCAGCACUCCCGGCUCCCGUGU